UGCUGUGUUUUGGAAGACUUUUAUUUUGAAAAGUGUUGAGACGUUGGUUCCGGUUCUGUACAGUAUCUGAAGGUUCCUCCUGUCUCCGCUUUCCCGCCGGGAUUUGAGAGGGAUGUUCACUGCGGGAAUGUUCUCCAGUGCAAAGGGUAUAAUGGACCCCUGGAGGAAGAGGACGAGGAGGUCGGUGGGUCUGGGUACCGAUCUGUCCAUGGCAGAUGUUGAACAUCUGCUGACUGAAAUCACUGAGCUGAGGGAGGAGGUGAUGAGACUGGAGGCGGAGCUAAACAGGUGGAGGGGAGGAGCAUCCACCAGAGAGUACAUGGAGAAUGCCAGCUUACCAUGUCCUCGCUGUAAGACUGAACCGAAGCCGGUACUUGUACCAAUUCAUCAGCAUGGUGCUGCACACCAGCACACCCUUCCCCAACUGGAGGAUGAGCCACGUCUGUCUGUGAUCUGUAAAACUGAACCCAAUCAGGUCCAAACUCAGUGUGAACACUCCCACAGUCCACCAGAACCGGAGGAGUUCUGUUAUUAUAAAGAGGAACCGGGUCAGACAGAAGAACUUCAUGCAGUACAGCAUGACGAGCUCCAGCAGAGCAACCAGAGUUCACCAAACAUCUGUAGAGUACAGCUGCUGGACGUCCCAAGACUGAAUGGAGGGAUCAAACAGGAAAAAGAGGAACACGAAGAAGAGCAAGAAGAAGAACUGUGUGACGACAAUGAAGACGAUGAGGAAGACAGCGAUGGUUUUGGUCCUUCUGAGGACCUCCGAUUGCAGAUGUCCUCCGAUAUCACGAGCACGUCCUUUGAUCCUGGAGAAGACUGGGACACAGAUGACAGACACAACUCAUUGAGCCCGAUAUCUAAUCAGACUCUGACCGACGGGAAAAGGCUGUACAGCUGCCUGACCUGCAGUACAAGCUUCAGUCAGAAACCAGACUUUAUCAGACACCUGAAGCUGCAUGCAGGAGAGAAGCCCCAUUACUGCGAGCACUGUGGGAAGUGCUUUAAAAAACUCUUCAACCUGAAAGCUCACCAGAGAAUUCAUACCGGAGAGAAGCCCUACAUGUGCACCGAGUGCGGCAAGCAGUUCGCCCGAGAGUCAUACCUGAAGAUCCACCAGAGAGUUCAUACCGGAGAGAAACCGUACUGCUGCUCCGAGUGCGGGAAACACUUCAGAUGGGCUCAGGCUCUCACAGUUCACCAGAGAAUUCAUACUGGAGAGAAGCCCUACGUAUGUCUCACCUGCGGGAAGAGCUUCUCACAGGUGCUUUACCAUCGCCGGCACCAGCAAGUACAUUCCGGAGUUAAGUACGGGACUUACAGGCGGCCUGUACAUUUUGAGGAAAAUUCUGAUUUACAGGGUUUCUCUUUUAACCAAAAUAAUAAUUAUUAAUCAUUAUAUAUGCACUUUUUGAUUAAAAAAAAUCCAUGUGAUGUAACCAGAGAGAAAGGUCGGAUGACAUCAUGCCGUACUGUAUCAGAUUAUCAGGCAGAUACAUAAAUAAUUACAGGAUCCGGUGUGGUCUGAGUAGAUACUGGCUCUUACAAAAAAGAGGGCGUAAAAGUGCUCCCCCUGCUGGGCAAUACAAUGACUCUUGGAGGCUACUUUUAGGUAGUGCACCUCUUGGUAAAAGACUGCUGACUGCAGAACGGUAGUUUUGAUAAAUUGUUAUCUAGAACAUUCUACAGUGGUUUCUUGAACAAAAAACGUGGAUUGAUCCAGAUGAGCAACAAAUUCAGGUUUUGUUUGGGAUUUGAUGUUGCUCGGGUUUGAGUAUGUAGUGUCAUGGUGACGCUACAAUCCUGACUUUGAUGUGGACUGUUCACACUGUAAGUUCACACUGUAAACUGCUGGUGUGGUUGAUGAUCUUGGGUGCAUCUCAUAUGACGAACUUCCAACUGAUGGCAGCAUUUUUCAGCAGGAUAAUGUUCACCUACACACAGCAAGGGUUUCCCAGUAACUUCUCCACCAGAUUGUAGCACUUCCUUGUCCUUCUCGGUCUUAAGAGUAAAAACACUAAUUACAUAAAGAAAUGUAUUUACUGAACUUUGUGAAAUGUAAAAUAAUGUGAAGCAUAGAGCAUACUUUGACUGAAUUUUCAUGUUAUUUUCAUGUUCUAUGAAAUAAUUAUUGACAAAUAAAUAUUAUCUUAUUAUCCUAUUUUGUAAUUAUUGUGGCUGCAUUAAUCAAUUAUGUUGCACUCUACAACAUAAUACACUUGUUAUUAACAGGUACUAUAAAUAUUUCAAACAGUA